AUGGCUGAUCAGGAAUACCGUGAUUGCGUAGAUUUUGGCCGUUUUGCCAAUCAACACAUGCUUGCUGUUACAGGUGAGGGAGUUCGCCUCGUUCCAGAGAUCCCUUGCCUCCCACCCUAUCCUUCUUUUGCACCAGGUUUGAACCAAAAUUCAAUAACUUUUAAAUGCCAAGAAAGUUUCCGCUAAUC